UCCGGCCACCCUCCCGCUCCCACUCCAACCAUCUUCCUUCUUCUCUUCUCUCCCUUCGCCCCGAAGCUGCCUGCAGCUAUGGCCGCCGCCGCUGCUCGCCGGCAGCCACGUCUAGCCUAUAAAUCCUCCGUCUCGCCGUAUCUAAUCUCUACUCAGAUCACAAACCGCUGCCGAAACAACUCAUCCUCACGCGCACGCGCUUGGACUUCUUCUUUCUUCUAGCUUCUUGCUUGAACCAAGAGACCAAGAGCAGAGCAGAGCCAACCAGCCAGCCAGCAGGCAAGAACCUGUCCGCGCCCAUGUCUGUGCAAGUGGCGUCGCCGGCGACGGCGGCGGAGAAGACUUUGGCGACGACGGCGUGGUCGUACCCGUACGUGGAGUACAUGGCGCAGUGGGAGCGGCAGGUGGAGCGGCGGCAGCUGUUCCUCCGGAGCUACCACUUCUCCCGCGACGCCGAGAUCUCGACCCGCGUGCGCGCGCGCCGGGUCGUCUUAGCCGGGGCGCGACGCCUGCGCCGCGCCGCCGCCAAGGGGCUCCGCCGCCUCCGCACGCGCCUACGCCUGUGCUUCGGCUGGGCCGCGCCAGUGCUCCGCCGACGCUCCACCUCACGCCGGGGCAGCGUCCACGGGUUCCGCUACGGCCGCCUCCCCUGGAAGGCGCCGCCAGCCGCGUCCGUCUGCUUCUGGUAG